AUGCUGCCAAGCUCUGCUAGAGCUUCUCCGUUCCCGAAUGUCGACGGGACAGACCUGGAGGAAGUUCUGGGCAGCAAAGACAUCAUCUCUCCGAUCCACGUCGCCCAAGCUGAGCAGGUCGUUGAUACUCCAAAAUUUGGGGAUUGGGCCAUCGCGGCCACGUCAGCUGAGCUCCUCUUGGAGGGCAACUUUGGAUUUGACGAAAGUCAUUACAUUUCGGCGCUGUCGGUCCUGUCCGCCACGUUCACGCAGACGCUCCGCAUAAGAGAUGACUCUAUCUCGCUAUUGUUCUCCUGCGGCCUCCACCCAGAAGAAGAAAAAAAAGAAGAAGACGAUGACAAGGGGAGCUCGACCAUCGCAGGAGUAUCCAUGAUCAAGAGCUUGAUCGGGCAGUUACUGGAGCAGCACCGCAGCUUCAACUUGACCGGCUUGGACCGCCGCAUCAAGCAACGGCUGAUCAAGGAUGGUGACCUCGAGGAGUUGUGCGCCCCGUUCGGCUGGCUAUUCGAGCGGCUACCAAAUAGGCUAACCCUCGUAUGUUUCGUUGAUGGCGCGGUGCACUACGAAAUCGAACCCUGGGAAGAUGAACUUAUCAAGGUGGUGGGGUGUUUGCUCGACCUGGUGAGGAAUGAGGACAUGACGUUUCCUGUCAAAAUUCUUGUCACAAGCCCGACGCCGACAGAGAGCCUCCAAAAGUUAUUCGACACGGAAGAUAAGGUCUCCCUGUUGAAUGCUUGUCACAUACCCGGUGUGCUCUGA